AUGUCGGACCGGCCGGGGCUGUUGAGGUCAUGUCAUGUCAUGUCAGGUCAGGUCGGGUCGGGUCGUGUCGGGUGGGGUUGGGUGGGAGAAGGAAAUGGCGCUGCUAAUCGGCGAAAAGGGAUAACCUUUUGUCGAGCUGUUUCUGCCCUGUUGUUGUGGCGAGGCCGGCCGACAACCGACACACAGACAGUCUACGCCAUGUGUGUGUGUAUGUCUUCAAGCCGGUCCGUCGCCCCAUCCGCAUUGGUUGCCAAUCCACAACUGGCCCUCUGGGCAUGUACUUGGUCGAUUCGCCGAUGUCCGCGUGUCUGUGAGCUUGCGGUGCCGGUGCAGUAUGGGCCGCCUGAAGAUGGCGGCCUUGAACCGAAAGAGGUGUCCUCAGCGAAUUGUGGGCCAAUUGGCGCGGGUGUGACGAGACGAGGGAAAAGUGGGGACGGUCGUCUGCGACUGGCCGGCCUGGACGAGGCCGAGGCCGAGGGCGAGGGCGAGGGCGAGGCAGUCGAGUCACUGUCGCGUCGACACGGAAACGCCGGAGCCUCGAUUGUGCGGUCGUGUUGGCGUCUUUGUCGCUGGGGCCGGGCGAAGAUGUGUUGUCCUUAG